AAUGAAAAUAAAAGAAAUAGUUUGUAAAAUAGCUGUUACUUGGAAAGCUCCAUGAAACCUUAGACAAGUCAGAGGUCAAGGCUAAAUUGGUAUUGCUUACAUAAACAAAAAAGAGGCCCCACAUGCCAAGUCAAAAUCUUCAUCUCUGCCGUUUCAGAUCUGAGAAACACCCUUUACUCCAUUAUUCUUCAGGUUUUUCAGUUGAAAUUCAGACAGAGAAAAGUGGGUUCUGUAAGAAAGAUGGGUUUGGUGGGAGUCCAAGAAAAUGGGAAUAACGAGAUGGGUUUGUCUUUGGGUGGCAAAAACAGGUACACAAGAAUGGAUUCUCAGCAGCUAACAAACGAUGAUGAUAGUUUUGGUGAUGAUUAUAAUGCUUCAGAACACCACACUCAGCUGCAGAGGAAGAAGACAACUAGGAAAUAUGUUUUUGCCUGUUCUGUCUUUGCUUCUCUCAACAGUGUUCUCCUCGGUUAUGAUGUUGGAGUAAUGAGUGGAGCAAUCCUAUUCAUUCAAGAAGAUCUAAAAAUAACAGAGGUGCAAGAAGAGGUUCUGAUCGGCAUUUUGAGCGUAAUGUCCCUUUUGGGUAGUUUAGGAGGAGGAAGAACAUCUGACGCAAUCGGCAGAAAAUGGACUAUGGGUUUAGCCGCCAUUAUUUUCCAAGCAGGCGCUGCUGUUAUGACAUUCGCCCCGUCAUUCCAAGUACUUAUGAUUGGAAGAAUCUUGGCCGGUAUAGGAAUCGGGUUCGGCGUAAUGAUCGCCCCUGUUUACAUUGCAGAGAUCUCUCCAACUGUUUCGAGAGGCUCUCUCACUUCAUUCCCGGAAAUCUUCAUAAACCUCGGAAUACUUUUAGGUUACGUAUCGAAUUACGUAUUUUCGGGACUUCCAUCGCACACUAGCUGGAGAAUUAUGCUCGCAGUUGGAAUUUUACCGUCGGUUUUCAUAGGUUUCGCAUUGUGCGUAAUUCCCGAAUCUCCAAGAUGGUUAGUGAUGAAGAAUCGAGCUGAAGAAGCGAGAGAAGUACUUUUGAAGACGAACGACAACGAAGUGGAGGUGGAGGAGAGGCUGGCGGAGAUACUAUUAGCCGCUGGACUGAAUAACACGGAAGGGAAAGCCGUUUGGCGUGAGCUUCUAAGCCCUUCUCCGGAACUUUCUAGAAUGUUGAUCACUGGAAUCGGAAUCCAGUGCUUCCAACAAAUCACGGGAAUCGAUGCAACUGUUUAUUACAGCCCCGAAAUAUUUAAAUCGGCCGGGAUUACGGAUAAGUCAAAGCUUCUGGGUGCAACAGUUGCUGUUGGGGUGACCAAAACGGCGUUUAUACUAAUAGCUAUUCUUCUCAUUGAUAGAGUCGGCCGAAAGCCUCUUCUAUACGUGAGCACAAUUGGAAUGACGGUAUGCUUGUUUAGCUUAGGGGCGACUUUGUCUUUUCUCGGAGAUGGAUCGGUUGGAAUCGGUUUGGCGAUUUUGUCUGUUUGUGGGAAUGUGGCUUUCUUCUCGGUGGGAAUAGGGCCGGUUUGUUGGGUUUUGACUUCGGAGAUAUUUCCUUUGAGGGUUCGUGCUCAAGCGUCGGCACUUGGGGCGGUGGGUAAUAGAGUUUGUAGCGGUUUUGUGGCAAUGUCGUUUCUUUCGGUUGCUCGUGCAAUUACAGUCGGUGGAGCUUUCUUUAUAUUUUCGGCUAUUUCUGCACUCUCAGUCGGGUUUGUUUACAGAUAUGUACCGGAGACGAAAGGGAAAUCGUUGGAGCAGAUUGAGUUGUUGUUUCGAGAUGGAUAUGAGUUGCAUGGAAGUAGGGAAGUGCAGCUUGGGGAUGUUGAGCAUUUGGUGCAGAAAUAAUCAACUCUUUUUGUUUAUAGAUUUUUUUGCUACCCAAUUGGUUUAUUAGAAGAUGAGAAAUUGGAGGUAUUAGUAUCAAUUCUUUGUACACAAAUGUUUCUGUGGUUGGUUUAUAUGGGCAGGGCUGUAUUUGAAGAGCAACGACUAUUCACAAUGGGAUGGUUUAGCUUUUCCAAAAGAGAAAUUUGGGCAACAAAACUAAUUACUUUUUUUUUUUUUAAUGG